UUUCGCACGCCAAAAAUAUCAUUAACUCAGCUCAAAAACACAAAAACCCCUCUGACUCGCAUAAAUCCUUCCUUCACAGCUCCUCCAGAAACCUCUACCUCCCUCUCCAACAUCCAUGGCUAGGGCUCCAGGCAAGCAUGGACGUGAUCAAGCUCUGGAUUUCCAGGGGUUUUUGAAUGAUUUGCAGGAUUGGGAACUUCUUAAGGACACUGAUAAAAAGAUGAAGAAGAAGUCACAAGCUUCUGAUAUGAAGAUUGGUGAGGAUGAAAGAUCAACAGGGAAAACUUCUGCUGUUGAUUUUUCAAGUAGUUCAGGAAUGUAUGAUCAUGCAAGGAACUUUGAUGCAAUCAAUCGCCUAUCAAAUAGUUUUGCAAUUGAUGAGAGUACUGUUGAUGCUACCACAGAGAAAGAAUUGGGAAAUGAGUAUUUUAAGCAGAAGAAGUAUAAGGAAGCUAUUGAGUGCUAUUCAAGAAGCAUAGCGUUGUCACCAACAGCAGUAGCCUAUGCAAAUCGAGCAAUGGCAUAUCUCAAAAUCAAAAGAUUUCCAGAGGCUGAAGAUGACUGUACCGAGGCUUUGAAUCUAGAUGAUCGCUACAUAAAAGCAUACUCACGCAGAGCAACAACAAGAAAGGAAUUGGGUAAACUUAAAGAAUCCAUCGAGGAUUCUGAGUUUGCUUUGAAACUGGAACCUAAUAACCAGGAAAUCAAGAAACAGUAUGCUGAGGUCAAAUCUUUGUACGAGAAGGAAAUUCUCCAGAAAGCAUCUGAAUCUCUCAGAAGCUCCUUACAAGGAGCACAAAAAGGAGGAAGGUCAGAAGCAAGUGUCAAUGGACAUGCAGUGCAUCCAGUCUCAAAUGUCACUCAAAGGACUGGGGCAUCUGCUUCUCAAAAAGAUAAAGCUAAGGAGAAUGAUGGAGAUGGUGUUGUGAAGAAAUAUGUCUACGUGGAAGAGAUAAAGAACAAAAGCACAGGAGCUGGAAGCAGAUCUGAUGGUCAAUUAGGCAAUGAUUCUCGUGCAAAUGCUAUUCCAAGUUCUAAUGCGGAGAGUAUCCAGAGAAAUAACAGAACUGGAAGGCAGGAGCUGAAGGCCUCAGUUAAAGAACUCGCUUCUCAAGCGGCUUCUCGAGCCAUGGCUGAAGCUGCAAAAAACAUUACACCUCCAAACUCAGCUUAUCAAUUCGAGGUUUCUUGGCGAGGCUUUUCUGGUGAUCGUGCACUCCAGGCUCACCUCUUGAAGGUAGUAACUCCAAGUGCAUUGCCUCAGAUAUUUAAGAACGCAUUGUCUGUUACUAUUCUAAUCGACAUCAUCAAGUGUGUGUCCUCAUUUUUCAUCGAUGACAUGGAUUUGGCUGUUAAAUAUCUAGAGAACUUGACCGAAGUCCCAAGAUUUGACAUUCUUAUCAUGUGUCUUCCAUCUACAGAUAAAGCUGAUCUUCUCAAGAUGUGGGAUGAAGUUUUCUGUAGUGAAGCAACGCCAAUCAAAUAUGCUGAGAUUCUCGACAAAAUGCGAUCCAGAUACUGUCCUAAAUGUUAACAGGCGUAUAACAUAUUAAGUCUCUAGUAUCUUAUGUUGUUCAUCCAAUGCUAUCUUUGUUGUAAGUAAAUUUUUUUUUUUUGAUGAUCGAAUUGUAAGUAAUGAGAGUUCAAUAGCUCCACCACUUUCUCUUAAUGUACUUGGCGGGCAUUUAUCAAAAAAUUUACUGAAAUGUUGAGAAGUUCUUUUA